GCGAGCGAGCCGCUGGUUCUUCAGCGACAGCGUGUAUCUCGGAUUGCCGGUGUGCGCGUUUUGUGCGCGUCGAGUUCUCGCGUCGGUCGCGGCCAGCUGAAGACCUCCGGUUCACCAGAGAGAGCUUAAUGCCCGCGUACGCAAGGGUACUCCUCAUCCUUUCCGGCAUCGCAUCGUCUUAUUGUGUGGUCCUUCCUUUCGAAACUUAGGCGCGGGAGCUUGAGACUUUAACGCUCGGAAGGGCGACGCCGCUUAUGUUACGAAAUCGAAUUUGCGCGGGUUUCGUGCGCGCCGUGAAGUAGCCAGUGAUCUCCCCGCCACUGCGGCGCGCGAAUUUUUUUGAAAAUUUGAUUGGUGUUCGUGUCGCACGUGUAUCGUUGUUAUAAACCCUGCAGCGAUGAUUAUCGCUCUAUUUUCCUGUGCAUCGUUCAGUGAUUAGUGCGGUGGGAUGUUCGGCUACAUGUCUGCGUAACCUGAUCAACUGAUUAGUUACUUUCAGCUGUGUGCAACGAGUAUCUUCCGUUACACGCGAUUGGGGAUUUAUGCAGUUCAUGAUUAAGCUCUGCAAUCGUGCAAGUUUAAUAGAUGUGUUUAAAACUCUUGAGUGCAAAGAUAAUCGGGAGCCGUAACCUGCAUGGUGGCUAAUUGUGGAGUUAUCGUAAUUUGAACCGACAAACUGUGAAACAAUGGUACACUCUUUUAAAAGGUCGAUGAUAAUCGCAGACUGCCGGAUGUGGCGUUUUGACGAAAAGUGUGUGGAAAGUGCAGUUUAACGAAGUUCGUUCAUAAAAUAGUAACAAUAAUGGUAGUGAAACAAGUAUUUCUGCAGAUUGAUAUCUAGUUGAAAAGCUGCGUGUAAAUUAUUAUUGUGAUUCUGUGUUUGUCACUAGAAGUCUUUUCGUUUUUGUCGAUCUGUGACGGAGUUCAAGUUUCAUUGAUCGUCAAACAUUAAACUAUGUAACGCAAUGCAAGCAGGUGAAGGCCGUUAUGUCGCCGAAAUUACCUGCCUGGAAAUACCGCAUGUAACGCAUAUCUGUUAACGAAUAUAGAUAAGAAGUGUGGAAACGCAUAUCCAUCGCACAUGCUCCCUGCUCGUAAUUGUUUUACGGCGAGAGAUCCCUGGCUAAGGAUUACCAGCUUAUACGUCAGGGAAAACGCCGCCGUCGCGAAGGAAGCGCGACAUGGACGACGUUGCAGUUGCCGGUAGCAGUUCCAGUGCGAACGCCGUCAGCCAAGGCACAAGCGAGAUGGAUUGGUGGUCCGGGGUAGCGGAAGAGGAACUACUCUACUACACGGGUGCAGCAAACGACAUGGACUCUCUCUGGGCGGCUAUUGGCACCUUCGUACCACCGCCCCCUCGGCCACCGUACCUUCCCGACGAAGGAAUAAGCACCGACGGCCUCACUACCUGCGAUCUUUGCUCUUGGGCAUGGAGGCACGACAGGCACGCUUUCUCCUUGGACGGCACCCUAGAAGCGCCAGGCGAGCUAGGAUGGGUCCUUACACUGGUAAUCGUCUCGUUGAUAUCAGCAGGUAUCGGUGCUGUGGUGAUGGUAACACUCCUGCACUGUCGAAGAAUGAAGAGUGCAACAGGCAGAGGAAGCUGCUGUGGUACCAGCGUCGAAGAUCCUUCUGCUCAAGAGUCUGGUCCACCCGGGGGUGGUGGAGGUGUUGGAGGAGCCGGAGGGGGUCCGGGGAGUGGUGGAGUUGCUGUUAUUCCUGACCGGCCGCCCCUUGAGCUGGACAAGUUGCCACCUUAUCACGACGUCACUCCUAGUCCUGGGCACAACGUGUGGUCCUGGCUGGGUUCGAGGCGAGGCGGCGGUGCCCCGGGUGGCGUCGCGACGCCACUGUCCCUGCCUCAGCACAGGCGAGCGAUGAAUCUGCCGGUGGAAAACCAUUACACGCACAUGCAGAUGGACGAGGCUCUCUAUGCCGAAUUGGACUCCCAAGCGGCGAGCUACGCGAGCGAUCUUCAGCUCCAGAUGCGAGGUAGCUCCACCUACGGGACUACCUCCGCCGGCCACGACGACGAGUAUCACGAACUCGAUGCCGCGAGGCUACACCGACACUACGGAGCUAGUGGAGACGGGAGUGACAGAUCGCCUCGGAGAGACGGACACAGAACGAGACACAGUCAGAGGUUACAGGAGCCAGACUACGAGAUGUACGAAAAUGGCCCCGCGACGCCGAGGUCGCCGAGUCGGAUGCAGCACCAGAAUGCCAGGGCGGCUGAUCAUCCGUCGUACCAGAACACCGCCUACACCGGAAGUGACGCUGAACCCGACGGACCGACGCUCAGCAGCGCGCCAAGCAGCGCCUAUUAUAGCGAUCUUAGCUCAAAUUCGGCGAACCAAAAUAUUCCCGCCGUCGCAACGACGACAAAUAUUCAUAUCGGUCAGCAGCAGGGGCUCGAACCUGCCCCGACGUACAGACUGGCUGCCAUCAACGAGACGACAGUGCCAUCCGACUACAUAUAGAGAAAGAGUGAAAACUUUCUCACGCGAGGCUGCGAAGACUCAACGCGAAACGAACGGAUAGAUGAAUUCGGGGUUCGUACGCACAGGGAAAACUCAGGGAAUUUCGAAAAUGAACUCGUUCUUACGCAAAGUACCGACGAUCUUUAAAAAAAAACUAACUGCACUUAAAAUUUUCCUUCAUCGCACCGCUUCAUACGUCGUAUGUAUGUUACUUAAUACCAAACCCUUUUUGGUUUUUUUUUCUUACGGAAAAUUGCACGCUGUCGUUUGUUAAUUGCUGGUCAGACAGUAAGUUAGUUACUAGGUGAUAUUGAAGGUAUUGGUAUUAAUGUGUUAAAAAAAUUGUCAAUAAUCUGCGGCAUGUUUCAUGAAAGGUUACUGGAAAAAUUCUUUUUUCACUCUGGAAUACCUGGCAAAGUCCGCGGAUUUCAGAUUCAAAAAAGCGUACGGACCCUGAUGAUCUACGGAACGAACUGCGUUUCCUUUAGCAAUGUUCAAACAAAUUUUAGAUCCCUUUUACAAAUUAUGUGAUGAUGUUAUCACCUGAUAUACGUAGGAUUCACUGCUGAUAAUCGGACUUCAAUGUGGUUGUAUCCAUAUAAAAGUACAGUAGCACACAACAAUAUUUUGACAAAGAUAGUAAUUGAGUAGGUUACAAACAAAUGUAAAAUAGAAAAAUGAAUAAUUAUUUUAUCGAGAGAAAUUCGAUGUUCUAUGUAAUUGUAAAGAAUUAAGUCUCGUUCGCUAGAAAGUAAAGUUAAAAUGAAGAUAAACGAUGAUGGAUCAAAAUAAUAACGAAUUUCAUAUUGUCUGAAGACUUUUGAGUGCUAGUGUACCGAAAUGUUGUGUCAUAGUUUAAUUUUGGGUUAAAUUCAAAAAUCGUCUUAUCCGUCCUAAUAAAAAGAGGUUCUAAACUUCCCAACAAGCUUCAUUCAUUCGAUCUCGAUCUUGGGGUAUACAUUUAAUAACAGUCCGCAAUUCGUCCUGCGUUAUCGCGAUUUGAAUAUAUAAUUUGGCUACCCAAAUGUGGCUACCCGAACAAAGAAAACUGUGCAAUUUAGAAAAAUUUUCUGGCAUACAAGGCCGAAUUGCAAAAUUCCCAAGGAUCUGAGAAUUCGAAACGUUACGACAAAAUAGACGUACAAGUAAAUUCGAAGUUGAACGGAUCGAAAAUUCCAUCCAAAUAAUUCUAAAAUUCCAAUACCUCGACAUCAAAAGUUUGACGCCUAAAUUUAAAGUUAAAAUGAGUCACAAGCAUCCUCGGCAUCGUUUCUGUGCAACGGAUUUAUACUAAAUCGUGAAACUAAGAUUCUGUAAUGCUAAUUGAAAAAGCUUUCUCGUCCAUAGACGAUAAAUUAAAGAAACUGCCUACAUUUACGCGAAGUAAUAGCUAAACAACUAAUUUUGGUAACCCACUACAUAUGAAAGGAAAAAAAUGACCGUACCCUCGAUUUACGCAGUCUGCAGUUUCCGGCACUUCGUGCCUGCCAGCACAUUCGUUAAUCCGUGAUCCGAUCUAUCCAUCUAUAGUGAUAGUUUGAGUAGAGCUUAUGCUAUUUUUCUGCUUAUCAUCCAUCCCUCUUACGGGGUCCCCUCUAUUAACCACCACAACCACCACUUUAUACAGAUAGCUAUACGAAAAAAUUUUACUAGCAGGUGUUUCGUAUUUACAGGCUCGAUGCCGUCUGAACUGCGCCAGGAAGUCGAAUUAUGUGUUAUGCAUGCAAAUUUCAACCCUUCUCACGAUUAAAUACUUUUUUUCUUGUUUUUGUACCUACUGGGAUGAAAAAUUCGGCCAAGUAAUAGCAUGGAGCCAAAAAUGGAGGAAUCGACCGACCAGUUCAAACUUAAUCACAAAAUUUAACAUACGUACAGCAAACUUCAUAGAAAUUCUUGAGACCUCAUUUUUACGAUCAUUAGAUUUUAUAACUAAAUACAACUUCUUGAGAGAACUGAACGGAGAAUUCAAUAUACUUUUUUUUUACAAUUUUACUCACGAACUUCACUCUAAAGUAUCUUCUGCGUUCACACUAAUUCACUACUUCUUACAUCUAUUAUGGUACUAUAAAAAUUGACGAAAAAAUCACUCAACUACAGACAGAAAAAACGAAAAUCUGCUCGUGGAAUAUCCGUCUCUAGCAAGUUAUAUAUCCACGAUUUCGAAUAACUUUCUGUGGGUUUGAAACUGCGUCGUGACGCCGAGACAGACUCGGUACUUCGAAAGGUCGUUUUUAAAAAUCAUUACGCUUCCACCCCGGCGGCUUGCUCUCGAUAUCCGUUAAUUACCGCUCCGUGUUCGUUCCUGCGAUACUCCAGCACAGUAGAUACGUAAUCAGUGAUACCCGAAGGCAUUAGAGGCCGGUCGAUAUACACGCGUAUAAUACGAAAGGUAACUUAAUUUAUUACAAGGCGACGCGUAAGCGGCCGAUCUGGUGCAGCAGGGCCAAGAGGAUUCGGUUUAAGAAAUCGCGGUGAAUCCUCGCACACAAUGCGUGCAGGAAAUCGCGGUGCAUGCGGCCUGCGACUUCUUCUUUUUUUCACUUUUCUCCAUCAGUUCAUACCCAUACCUGUAUGCGGUGUAUACUUAUACUUACCGUUCCUCGAGAGCCGCAUAUACGAAGCAAUAAUUAAUUGCUCCCUUGCAGCUACUCCUGUAACCGCAGCAGCUAACUCUUGCGCUUUUUUUUCCCGCAGGGCUGAGCACAAUGUGCGGGGGCUUCUGUGCCGCGUUAUUUUUCCGUAAAAAAAUUUAAGUUCCGCGCCGCUGCUCGUGUCUUCGGCAGCUACCCUCCGCCAACCAAGAACAUCUCAGAAGACGCGACGCGAAGCAACGCGAAUUCCGAUUAUUUCCACAAUAUAUCGAGACCAGGCAGGCAGGCUGGCAUUGUAGCCACGGGAAUUCGUUUAAUUCACGGUUAAUUGGGACUUUUGUCAUUAUCCGGUAUGUGUCUCUGUGUAGGUAUCGUGCCGAUUCAACAGCAGCGAACCGCGGCAACUUCGUACUAGGCAUUUGAUAAUUGAGGACGUCUACCUUUGCCGAUUGAUUACUAUCGACCGUUGUACUCGAUUAUUGUGGGUGUAUGUUACAUGUGGCGAGACGAUAUCGGGCAGCAAGGGAUUUAAUAUAGUUCUGUAUUGUGAAACUGAUGAGCUUUUGAUAUACAUUGCGCCGUUCGUGCUAAUUUUUAAUCAUUCAGUUUGAAAGAUAGAUUAAUUUUUCAGUAGGGAUGGUCUUCUGAAAUGGUUGCCUUGAAAGAAUUUCUUCUUCUGAACUGUUUCGAGGUUUACUAUGUUAUCACGAUUCAAUUAAUAAAAUUCACCCCAUGACCGAUGAAAGAUUUAAAUAACCCUUUCCUUUCAAUCGACAAUUGAUUCUUUUACCCCGAAAAUAUUCCAUCCUUACAUCACUCGAGUCAAUUUUUUAUAAUCAAUAAGUUUAUAAAACUUUGCUAGUUCGAUGUACGAAGAUUAGAACGAUCCAUAAAUUCGCAGUUCAUGUUAUAUCGUAAGCGUCGUAUAAUUUUAAGAAUGGGAAAACAGCAAUCUCAACUUCUGUCUGCAGAACUUGAUCAAGAGCUUACGUUACCCAUUUAUAUCAGAACUAUUAAUUCAUUGCUACAUGCACCUUACAAGACGAUAAAAAAAAAUUUUAAUUAAAAAAAAAAAAAAAAAAAAAAAAAAAGAAAAUACAAACAUUUGCAGAACUUUUCGCAAAUUCUAAUCGGUAAAAAAAUGUUCAAUCCGUGGCGAGAGUAGUAACGAAGGUGGCCUUGUUAGAUAUGUAAAAGUAUUAUAGGAUGUGUGCUCGCUUAUGGGACGGACACAGGGAGGGAAUAAAAGGAGGAGGCCUCGCCUCUUCGCCUGGACUGUGUUCGCGGCAGGGUAUAUAAAUUAUACAUGUAAAUAUACGGGCGGCCGGCUGAGAGAUCGAACCGAGAGAUAUCGAGAUAUGUGUUGGCGACCCUGUCCCUUUCCUCCCUUCCUCGCAAGCCCCCCGAACCGGGUAGGUACGUACGAAAAACACACCGACGGAGACAAGCGACGGAACGGUGAACGCACAAGGUUCGCCGCAACACGUGGGUAGGAGUCACAGACCGUGAAUGCAUGUACCUACCUACCUUCGGCUCGAAGAAGGCUAAACUCGAGGGGCCAUUCGCUUGGAAAUCAGAUGAAUGAUUCCGGUUCGUUGGUAACAUUCGUUUCGAACGUUUUUUUAUUGAUUUCUUACAACGUAGCAAGUGAUUUUGGCCCAAUUCCAGUGUUCCCAGCGAUAUUCAUUGAGCUUUGAUGAUUUUCGAAUGUUCUGUGCAAUCUUCAAUGACUUCCGUGAUAGGUAGAAUCAAAGAAAAUCACGACAAAUCACUGGAACUUGCCUGGCGAUGAGAAUGAAUGAUUUCAACUCAUUGACAUUAAUUUCGAGCGAUUUUUAUUAAUUUCUUACAACGUAGCAAGUGAUUUUAGCCCAAUUCCAGCGUUCCCAGCGAUAUUCAUUGAGCUUUGAUGAUUUUCGAAUGUUCUGUGCAAUCUUCAACGACUUCCGUGAUAGGUAGAAUCAAAGAAAAUCACGACAAAUCACUGGAACUUGCCUGGCGAUGAGAAUGAAUGAUUUCAACUCAUUGACAUUAAUUUCGAGCGAUUUUUAUUAAUUUCUUACAACGUAGCAAGUGAUUUUAGCCCAAUUCCAGCGUUCCCAGCGAUAUUCAUUGAGCUUUGAUGAUUUUCGAAUGUUCUGUGCAAUCUUCAACGACUUCCGUGAUAGGUAGAAUCAAAGAAAAUCACGACAAAUCACUGGAACUUGCCUGGCGAUGAGAAUGAAUGAUUUCAACUCAUUGACAUUAAUUUCGAGCGAUUUUUAUUAAUUUCUUACAACGUAGCAAGUGAUUUUAGCCCAAUUCCAGUGUUCCCAGCGAUAUUCAUUGAGCUUUGAUGAUUUUCGAAUGUUCUGUG